CCUCUAACACUGUCCACAUCCAGCACGCACCCUCCAAACCAAAAACAUCCUCUUCCCGCCAAUUCAACGUCUUCAAACGCUCUUCCACCGACCUGCCCACCGAUCGUCUUCAACCAUAUGACUUCGGUGCCCCACUCUCCCGACUCGCUUGCGUUGGCACCUCAUCUAUCAGCCAACCAAGACGUCUCUCCCGCUGCACCCUCCCAAUCUAACCCCAGAACCUCUUCUUCCCCCCAUUCCCUCGACUGCCAUACAAUGCCCCAAAACAACAUCCUCAGCCCCUCCCAGUCCACCCCAACGCGCCCGACAGUUCCCACAAACGGCGUUCGAAUGCUCAAUGGACGAGUCUAUGGCUCAAAGCGCCAAACCCCCACAAAACCCUUUGCCAGUGCACGUGACGAACCUGAGUUCGUGGAAUGGGGGUAUGGUGGCAUGGGCAGCGUCAGCUGCAGCAGCGAUUCAAGGUAUUCCGUCCUCGCCAAGGGUGCCCCCGCCCUACUCUCCCAUAGUCAUUCCAACGAAAUCCUCGUCGGUAACGCCCGUGGUGGUGCUUGCGAGGGAAAGGAACAGUGGCGUGACUUCUUUAGGAGAAGGCGAUAAUGAUGAUGGGAGUGGUAUGAGUUGGGUUCGCAAACGGCGACAAGAGAGAACAGCUCGCGACAGGCAAGACAUGUGAGUGCAGAGCGAUGGAGCAGCGAGGGCAAGCGCGGGGAGGUGAAGCACGAUGCGCCUGCGCCUGAGACGGACGGCUCCUCGGCGGUGGACAGCGCGAGCACUGACCUGUCGACCCCAUCCUUGUGGAAAAAAACGCGUGAUCAACGAUGCUUCGUGCUCGGUCCCAUCCUCGAUACAUUACGCCUUCAUUGUAGAUGCCGUGACGAUCGACUCGAGUGGAUUCGACCUGGGGUGGGAAACUGGUGCCUUGAUGUGGUCAGCUAUUUAUUCAUGCAGUCGAGUCGAGUCAAGGAACAUUGUAGACGAGUAAACAAAAAAGUCACUAUUACUGUUGCAUUUGUGGAAGGACGCGGAA